AUAUGCGAAAAAAGGGGAACAGGAAGGAGAAUUCGAGGUCGAGGACUGAACGAGAAAGAAGGGGAAAUGGUAAUGGCGGCAAGGGUUACAGCGACUCUCUCUAAAUCUUGUUACAUGCGAAGUUUGUUUUUUCACGAGGCUCGUCUGUAUGGAACCAGCUUGGAUGAUUUUUUGUGCAAGGUUUUUGCUCGGAAACUUGUGUAUGGGCCACAGUAUUAUACAAACAGGUUUUCCUUGGUGGGAUAUCAAAGGAUUCAUUCAAGCACAUUUUUUAAUACUGCCGAUGGUGUUGUGGAUACGCCAAACCAUACAGGAAAAUGCACACCUGUUGAUAGUUCUGGUGAUGCCAAAGUGAAGAGAAAGAAAUUGAAAGGGAAACGAGCAGUUGUGAAGUGGCUAAAGUUAUUCAGGUGGAAGAAGAAGAAAGAGUAUCAAAGAAUGACAACAGAAGAAAAACUUCUUUUUAAAUUGAGAAAGGCUCAAAAGAAAGAGGAAAGACUAGUUGAAGCUCUAAAGAAGAUUGAGCCUGGAGAAUCAUCAGAAACAACCCACGACCCAGAAGUAUUGACCCCAGAAGAGCACUUCUUCUUUUUGAAGAUGGGCCUCAAGUGCAAGAAUUAUGUUCCAGUUGGAAGACGUGGAAUCUACCAGGGUGUAAUUUUGAAUAUGCACCUGCAUUGGAAGAAGCAUCAGACUUUGCAGGUGGUGGUAAAGACAUUUUCACCGGAAGAGGUCAGGGAGAUUGCCACGGAGCUGGCGAGAUUGACCGGAGGGAUUGUACUUGACAUUCAUGAAGAGGACACCAUAAUUAUGUAUAGAGGAAAGAACUAUUCUCAACCACCAACAGAGAUUAUGUCACCUAGGGUCACUCUCUCCAGAAAGAAGGCUUUGGAUAAAUCCAAAUAUAGGGAUGGCCUUCGGGCUGUCAGAAAAUAUAUUCCAAGACUUAAACAGGAAUUUGAGUUGCUUCAAGCACAGGCUGAAAGAAAUGGAACCGAUGCUGUUGAAGACAUUCCGAAAACUGAUGCUGUAGUAUCAGGGCGCAUGCAAUCCAAUAAUGCUGAAAGACUGCAAGAAAUUGUGGAAGGAGCUGAGGAAUGCUCAGAUGACAAUCCUUCCAUUGAUUCGGGUAUGUCAUCAGAUUCUGAAGAUUUAUCAGACAUUUUUGAGACUGACUCUGGCACAGAGACUGAGGAGAAGACAGAGCGACGUCUCUAUUUGGACGUGUUUGAAAAAUUCCCCACAGAUGAUCAAGAAUCUGAAAAUUUUGAAGAGCACCUGCGCUCGAUAUCUGCAGACUCAAAGAAGGCCCAAUCAUUGGACAAAGAUUUGGGUUUGCCAAACUUUGAUGAGGUUGAUAGGAUGUUUCUACGUGCUGCCUCGCUCUUGAAGAAAAAGAAGAGAUAGGAGAUGUGUUUGUGACUUUGUGUAGUUAUCCUUGCUAUUUGUAUGAUAUUUCUGUCAGUUUUUCUUCUUUCGUUUUGCUUUCUUGAACGCUGAUCAGAGUGAAUGUUAAAAUUAGCCACUUUUUUCUUCUUUCUUUA